AUGACAUGUGAACAUAUUGGUUGUUCUUCAAAUAAAUUCUCAAUGUGUAAAAAUCAUUGUAGAAAAUAUGUUUGUUUGGAACAUUUGAUUGAACAUGGUGAUAUAUUUAUACAUGAUUUUUCCAAUUUAAUCGAUCAUCUAGAUAAAUCGACAAGUAAUUUAACAGAAGAAGCAAAUAAUGCGACAGCACAGAUCAUUGAGCGUCGUCAACGUGAACUUGAUCGUAUCAAUCGAAUGUAUGAUGAAGAAGAAGAAGAAAUUCGAAAACGUCUUACAUUUGCUGAAGCUGCAAAUAAUUUAUUAAACGAUAAACAAAAUCAAUUAACUAUUUCCAGACAACAAGAUGAAUGUCAUGUUGAACAACAUGAUUUAGAACAAUUAAAAUUCUAUGCUAUUGAAAUAAAAAAGUCUUUCGUUAAAAAAGAAGAAAAACCAAUUACAAUUUGUAAAAUAGAAGAUAAUAUUCGUAAAACUUAUGUAUGUCCAUUAACUCGACCGAAUGUUUUUGGUAUUAAAUCUGAACAUAAUAUUCGUCUUGAUUGUGAUGGAUCAACCUAUAUGAAAUAUUAUUUAACUAAACAUUUCGAAUAUUAUCAUCGAAUGUUACCUACAUGUGCAAUUCGAUUACGAGAUGCUGUUAUUAAUGAUCAAUUGUCACAAGAAACAAAAUUAUUUUCUGAUAAUGAAAUAAUUCUUAAUCAAGAGUAUCAUUUUGAUUGUCCACUGACAGAUUCCAAAAAUAUUUUUGGAGCCCGGUCAACAAUAUCAACAUUAAUGCAUAUACCAUGUACUAAAAAACAAAUAACAUUUCCAUCAAUGAUAAAUCAUUUACGUUUAUAUCAUAAAAUGAAAUCGGAUGUUGCAAGAAAAAUAGUAGAAGCACUGAAAAAUAAAUCUCUACAUUCUGAUCUUAUUCUUUUUAAUAAGAAUCAACAUCUCGGAACCGGUUCGAAAAAAAAAUAG